UUACAUUUUCUUUUCUCCUUUUUUUUUCAUUUGCAGAAAAUCUUCACAAGGAUUGAAAUAGGCUUAGAAUCAAACACAUGGCCAUGGGGGGAGACAGCCUACUGAACUCCACCGUGAACGGCAGCGUGACGGAUGUACACCUGGUGACACACGGCCUCUGGGAGGUGAUCACCAUCGCCACCGUGUCCGCUAUCGUCAGCCUCAUCACCAUUGUGGGGAACGUGCUGGUGAUGCUGUCUUUCAAAGUGAACAGCCAACUGAAGACGGUGAAUAAUUACUACCUGCUGAGUCUGGCAGCUGCCGACCUCAUCAUCGGAGUUUUAUCCAUGAAUCUGUACACAUCCUACAUACUGAUGGGCUACUGGGCUUUGGGAAACCUCGCCUGUGACCUGUGGUUGGCGCUGGACUACGUGGCCAGUAAUGCGUCCGUCAUGAACUUGUUGGUGAUCAGUUUCGACAGGUAUUUCUCCAUCACCAGGCCGCUGACGUACAGGGCCAAGAGGACUCCCAAGCGGGCGGGUAUCAUGAUAGGUUUAGCCUGGCUGGUGUCGCUGGUUCUGUGGGCUCCACCCAUUCUCUGCUGGCAGUACAUCGUAGGAAAAAGGACCGUACCUGAGAAGCAGUGCCAGAUCCAGUUUUUCUCCGAGCCGGUGAUAACCUUCGGGACAGCCAUCGCAGCGUUCUACAUCCCUGUAUCGGUCAUGACGAUCCUCUACUGUCGAAUAUACAAGGAGACAGAGAAGAGGACCAAGGAUCUGGCCGAGCUUCAGGGGGUUAACUACGGCACAGACACCGGGGUCACGCAGCCCAGGAAGACUAUUAUAAGAUCGUGUUUCAAUUAUAAGCCACGAUCAACCUCACAAGACAGAAACCACGCCUCCUGGUCGUCCUCCAACAGGAGUAACGCCCCCAAGUCGGCUGCCUGCACCAACAACCAGUGGUCCAAAGCAGGGCCACAGACCAGCUUCAACAGUUACGCCUCCUCAGAGGACGAGGACAAGCCUGUGUCUCCAGGAGGCUUCCAGACCUCAUUCAAGAACCAAGCCUGUGACCCCAGCAAGAGCGGGGUGGGCAGUGAGAGCGAGCGGCUCAGCAGCUUUGACGAGGACAGCUUCUUCCAGACGACGCCAAAGAGCAACUCGCAAAGAAGCAGCAAGUGCGUCUCCUACAAAUUCAAACCCGUUGCCAAAGACGGCCAGAGCAGGAGCGCUGAAACCAAAAUGACCAUGACGACGUUUUCUUCAGCAGAAUCCGUGACCGUUCCGUCCACCUCCUCCAGGACCAAACCCACAGACGCCACGCUGAAAAGCCAGAUCACCAAGAGGAAGAGGAUGGUACUGAUCAAGGAGCGAAAGGCCGCUCAGACCCUGAGUGCCAUCCUGCUGGCGUUCAUCCUCACGUGGACGCCCUACAACAUCAUGGUGCUGAUUUCCACCUUCUGCUCAGACUGCAUCCCCCUCUCCCUGUGGCAUCUUGGGUACUGGCUGUGCUACGUCAACAGCACGGUCAAUCCCAUGUGCUACGCCCUGUGUAACAAGACUUUUCAAAAGACCUUCCGCAUGCUCUUACUCUGCCAGUGGAGGAAGAAAAGGAUUGAGGACAAACUGUUCUGGUACGGACAAAACCCUGUGGUCGGUUCCAAAAUAACAAACUGAUGUUUGACGGUAAAUCGUCCGGCAGUAACAAAAGGUGACGAUUUACUAAAGUAGAAGAAGAAAAAAAUAUAUGAAGAAACUGGUGCAAAAACUUUACUUUGAUUUUUUUAUUGAUUUGUUUUUGACCAGUGACCAGUGUACAUAUAUGGCCAGUUAUACAGAAAAUAUAUUGAAAUAUUGAACAUUCCAGUAUUACUCCAAAGACUGGUGCUUGUAUACGUUAAAGGCCAACACGACCACAGCAGUAUGUGCUGUCACAAAUGAACGCCUGACUCAUGGAAACUAAUAUGAGAUUAUUUAGAAUUAAAUUUUAUAACCCCUUUAUUACAUGCUCAGAGUGAAUAAGCACAGUAUAUAUAUCCAAGAAUUCCACUUAUCGUUGCCUCAAUGCAGAGUUGAUGCAAACGUUGGCUUCAACUUCAGGUCAGACUGACCUCACCGAGCACACGACAGUAAGUAAUGACCAUAAGUAAUGACCAUGCUAAAGUACAUUAUAUUUUGCAUUAGAAAACUCCCGUGGCCCUACCAUCAAACUCAGUGUGAAACCUGGACCUGUUGAGUUGAACACAACACUGAUACACUCACAGGAAUAGAAGAAAGACACACACUAAGAUCUUUAAGUGUUCUGAGUUGGUUUUAAGGCCAUUUGCUGCUACUUGGUGGACGUGUAUUUAGUUGUUAUUCCUGUCACUGUAAAACCGACUGUUUUCAGACCAAUUAAGUGAAACAGAACUAUUUUACACACUUGAUGAUCAUAGUACACUAAGGUGCUGCGCAACACUGGACUUAAAGGUGAAGACUCCAC